GGAGGCUGUGCCCUCCCCUUCCAGGCUAUAAGGUUUUACGAAAAGUUGGAUUAUUGUUUACUUUAGUAUCCCUUGAGGGCAGUGUUGCAACGGACACAGCCGGAAGCAUAGCAUUGGCAACCCUGACCUAUGUAAACAAAGCACGCCACAUCCAGCUGACGCCUCCCUAUCAAACCAAGAAUAAAUAUCCAACAGCACCACAUGUCCUCAACUUCAUAAACAAAUCCAAGAAAACUGAGGUGUUUGCUUUUGUGGCUAAAUGUGAUGCUUCAGUGUGGGGAAAGUUUGAUUGGUCUAAGCUCACAACUGUGGCUCUCUUCAACUUCUAUGAUGCUGAGCUAGUGUGUUAUGCCCACCAGCAAGGCGCUCAAGUGGUCAAACUAGGCAAUUUUCCAACAAGUAAGCUUGGUAAUAUUACUGCUCGGCAGCAAUGGAUCAAAAUGCAAAUUAGUGAUGUUAUCUUGAAAUUUCUUGAUGGAAUCAAUAUUGAUUAUGAAGAUGCCCUUGAUCCUUUCACUCCUGAGCAAUAUGGUCUGACAAGCCUUGUGAAGGAAACAGCAGAUGCCUUCCACUCAGCAAUUCCAGGCUCACAGGUAUCAUUUGAUGUUGCUUGGUCACCACAUGGAAUUGAUGGCCGCUACUAUGAAUACAAGAAAAUUGCUGAUUACAGUGAUGCCAUCUUCAUUAUGGCCUAUGAUGAGCAGAGCCAGAUCUUAAGUGGUCCCUGUACUGCUCGGCCAAACUCUGGUUUUUACAAAACUGCUCAAGGGAUGAUGUUUUACUUGGAAUUGAGUAUCCAUCCCAGCAAAUUGAUUCUUGGGGUCCCUUGGUAUGGAUACAUCUAUCCCUGUCUUCAGCUAGACAAGAACAAUACAUGCUACAUCAAGGAAGUGCCAUUCAGAGGUGUUAACUGUAGUGAUGCUGCAGGAAAAGAAUUGCCCUUCAGAGAAAUUUUGAACAUCCGCCAAUUCUACAAUGCCACAUACCACUGGGAUCAGAAUUCCCUCACUCCUUGGUUCAAUUUUAAGAACAAGAAAGGACAGCAUCAAAUAUGGUACGAUGAUGAAAGAAGUCUUCUCUACAAGUACAUGUUGGCUGUUGUGUCAGGCUUCAGGGGGGUUGGUAUGUAUACAGCAAAUGAUCUUGAUUAUUCUGAUACACCAGAGGCUAAGCUCCAACAAGAACAUAUGUGGAGCCUGCUACCUUGAGAUGAUUCUCAACGUACUGAAAUUCACAUAAGUGAAGAGAAUAAUUUGGCUGGAUGUGCUCAUCAAAGCAACUUUGCAUCAUACAGUAUGUGGCUGUAGUUAUAUAUUACUUAGUAAAAAGCUAUUGUUUGGUUCUUAGCUAUUAAACAAUGCUAAUAGCUUUCUUCAAACUCAUCAUUACAGUGCAAAAUAAUGAAGUAUUAUGCUAUUUUACUGAUGUAUUAUUUCAAGGUUCAGAACACAGUAAUUUAGACCUGUAUUCAAUUACCCAAAGUAAUAAACUGUGCACACACAAAUUAAAACAAAAUUGCCUUGUAAGUGAGACUGAGCAGUAACAUCCCAAUGAUUAUUUAAAGGAAGUAGAAGUGCACAUGAAUGCUAUUUGUGGCUGAACAUUCAAGCAUUAAGCCCCGUCCACACGAUUGAGCAUUGCUCUUGAACACAGGUGAGCUGUCUGUUCAAUGACAAACAUCUUGCUUUCGUUCACAGAACAAUGAGCAGAAUGCUUGUUUUCUUGUUGCUGAAAAAUAAUGAACACUGCUCGCUCCUGGAAGUAUUAUGUUACUACCAGACUAUGAAGUUUCAAUAAAGAAGCAAAAGACUGUGGUUAUCACUAUGAAUGUUUGUGAGUAAGUAAAAUGUCUGUUCCUAUGCCCACUAGUGGUCUAGAGCAGCAUUUCUUCAUCGAAUAGAGCUAUAUCAGCCUUGCAAACCAUAUCAGAGGAAAUGAGAAAAACUGGUGUGUCCAUGAUGGCUGACGACAUCAUUUGCCCUUUUCCACUUUCUUUUCUUCUUCACACAUACAACAAAUAUUAUACUACACAGCACUAUUCUCUUUUGAUCCUUGAUGGUGGGCACCAUUGUUAUCAUACUUCACACUGUCCGGGCAACCACUGUCUUUUUGCUGUUGUGCAUGUUUUAGCUGAGACACUAUUUGGAGCACCACUGUUCGUUGUUCAGCGGGCAAAAAUGGGAAGUUCGUCAUCGAGCAGACCACUUGCCUGUGUUCAAGACCAAUGGUGGAUCAUGUGGAUGUUUUUUUUUUUCCUGGCCCAGUCUUUUCAUUUGUAAGACAUUACUAUGCCUGGAAACAGGACAGGGAAGUGGCUGAGUCAUACAACAGGUGUUCCUGCUGAUGUAGCCAUAGUUUGGCUGACUCGCAUCUCAUAUGGUAAAAGAAGAGAUAAGAGGUGCCCAUCAUGCAUGUUCAUAAUUUCCUAUCUCUCCAACAGCCAUUAGCAAUCUUUUGCCUUCAUUGAAUUUGCAGAGCUUGCAUGUCAUAUCAACAAUAGCCAUUGUAUGAAUGAUGUAAAUUACAGGACUAAGAUGUUCUGCCUCUUGCAAAAGAAGUGUUUUGUUUGGAUGGGCUAAAAUGUGAAGAUUAUUAUAUAACUGGCCAAAAAAAAUGUGAUAGUCAAAAAGCAUCACAUCUCUAGACUCUCCCCAUCUAUCAAAAGCAGAAACAAGAUGAGAUUUCUGGUGAAAUUCCAUAAUUUAUCUGUGAUGUACAGACUUUUCAAAGGUUGAGGCAAGGGAGGUAAAAAAAAAAAUAUCCCGAAUAUGUAGGAAGAUCUAAGAAGGAAACAAUGCCCAAGAGUCUUAAGAUGACAACUGGAUGACCUGUGAGGCAGACCUGAGGCAGUGGUAGAUACACAUGGUGACAGAGGAUUGGGACCUGGAUGUGUGGAGGCCUGCACAAGGAGCUGAGGAAGCCAGUGAGCACUGACCUAGUGAAAGACCAUGAAGAGUAGAAAUCAUAACUGGCCUUAGAAUCAACAAGCUGCUGGAGCCUGUGUGAGGUGUAUGCUGUAUACCUGAGAGCUGAUUUGACUUGUGAAGAAGUCCUGUAAUUGUGAAGAGUACUUGCUGCUAAGAAGUGCAGCCGAGGGAGACUCAUCACAUCUUCACAGCCUCUGUGUUACAUAGGAAACUGAGUUGUGCUUUAUGAAGCAGGUCUUGUCUUCUUUCUUAAGUAACUUGGUUCUCUGGAUGUGUCUGGAUGGUGACUGCAAUGUGCUUAUAAUUUUGAGUUCUGUUAAGUGAGAGGUUUGGUGCUAAUACAUGUCAGAAGUUAAUUGUGUCCUGUUCUCUAGUUAUAAAAUAUAAAUCUCUGCUAUGCA